AGCUAAUUGGAUGGGUAUGAGCAUAUAUGGUGACACUACGGGUUGGAUGACCCGGGAUGAGCUCCGGGGAGGACCCUUCCAAAUAUGACUGAUAUGACUCAUGAUGUCUACAACACAGGUGAGGAUGACUUCUAGGAUACGUCGGAGGACCCUCGGGCGGAGUAGAUGCCGAGGCAGGAUGGACGCAUGGUACUGUCCGUUGUCCGGGAGUGCAGAGCAUACUACAGUUACCAAGAGAGAUUUUUGUUUCUUUACCAUUCGAGAGGGGAAUGUUUGGGGAGUUAUUGUUCUUAUUUGGUAAACAUUUGUUGAUACGGUCAUGUCUAUUGGUUAGGAUAGUUUCUGUAAUGGUACUGCAUUAUGAUCAUUUAACAAGUAGUUGAUGAGAGAGAUUAGUAAAAAAAAAAAGAGAAAUAAACAGAUAAAUCUAGGAUGUUUCAGUUGGUAUCAGAGCCCACUCCUAAGGGACAACAUGCGCCAUCCAUCUCGUAAGGAAUUCGACUACUUCACCCAACAAGUUUGUAAGAUUUAUGUUAUUAUAGUUCUUCAUUUAAUGUUAUAACUUAGUCAUGCUAUGAUUGAUAUAUUGAUAUGUAUUUAUUAGACACAAAUGAGAUUAAAUUGUAAAUAUACAUGUUAUGGCUGGUCGAAGGAACAACGGUGAUAUAGGUGGUCAGAACAACCAAUUCCUAGAGGGAUUUACUGCACUCCUACGGGAGCAGAACCGAAUACUUGGGGAGCAGAUUCAACAACUAUUGCAGGUUAGGGAACAGGAGAGCACACCUAGAUGUCCUACACCCAGUGCACACCCGGUCUACAAGCAAUUUCGGGAGCUAGGACCGACGGAGUUUAAAGGCACCACACAUCUGAUCAUUGCAGAAGGAUGGAUUCAAUCUCUGGAGAUGAUAUACGACUUCAUGCAGCUCACAGAUGCGGAUAAGGUCAGGUGCACGAUAUUUAUGCUGCGAGAUAAUGCACGAGUAUGGUGGGAAGGUGCAUGGUUGACUGUUGAUUUGGCUACAUUGACAUGGGCUAAUUUCAAGGAGGUAUUCUACAGGAAAUACUUCACUACUGACAACAGAACCUGGCUGGCAAGGGAGUUCUUGGAGCUUCGCCAAGGAGAUUUGAUGGUGGCUGAGUACGUCAGGAGGUUCGAGAGGGGGCGCUACUUUGUACCCAUGAUUGCCAGCCAACCAGUCUAGGAGCUGAAGCACUUUAUAGAAGGAUUGAGAGCUGCCAUUCGUCGUGACGUCAGACUGAGUCGGGUCACCACAUUCAGGGAGGCAGUUGACCAGACAUUGAUGUCUGAAAGGGAUCAACAGGAGCCGGGCAGAAAGAAGUCAUUUCCUAGUCAGUAUCAGGGCAAGCAACCGCCUAAACAGACACAACCGCAUCAUCAAAUCCAAAAAUCACAACCAGCUGAAGGUACUGCUUCCAAGGUUGAGAACAAAGUUCAGUGCCUUGAGUGCGAGAAGAUUCAUGUUGGAUAGUGUUUGACGGGUACCGAUGUUUGCUACAUGUGCAAAAAGACAGGGUAUUUUGCUAGGGAUUGUCCUCAGCUCAAGGAGCCAACCAAAGGAAGGGUAUUUGCCAUGACUCAAGAGCAGGUGGAUCUAGAUGUAACGCCCGCCUUUCCAUGGACACUCUGACUGCCCUAGAGGGACGGGGUUACUUACAUUCACCUAACAUACUAGUGCAUAUGAACU